GAAAGCCGCAGUAUCCAUUCGCACGUCACGUGGCACCAAUCAUGUCUUAAAGGCUGCUGCACUCGCAAUCGAAUAGUAUGGAACGUGGCUGGGUCUUCUAUAUAGUGCUGGUGAUACUGCUAGUGAUUUGUGGCACUGUCUUGAUCGGGGGUCAGAGUUCGCCGCUUAUAGACUCGGUUUGCCAGGCGGUACAGAGGCAGCAGCUCGAAUGUCAAGUGCACCGCGUGGAGACCGCCGAUGGAUAUCUGCUGAGUGUGCACAGAAUUCCCGCCCCCCGGAAUCCCAGGUGUCCGCAGCACCUGCGCCCCUUUAUCCUGAUGCACGGCCUCCUUGGCUCCGCCGGCGAUUUUGUGGCGGGGGGCAGGGGAAGAUCCCUGGCUCUGGAGCUGCAUGCCCGCUGUUUUGAUGUCUGGCUGGGAAAUGCCAGGGGCACAACCCACUCCCGCGGCCACCGCACUCUGCCCACGAGCGACGCCCGCUUCUGGCAGUUCAGCUGGCACGAGAUUGGCAUCUACGACCUGCCCGCCAUCGUGGAUUACGUGCUGGCAAGGACGCAUCGCCGGCAGGUGCACUACGUCGGCCACUCGCAGGGCACCACUGUGCUCCUGGUCCUGCUGUCUCAGCGCCCGGAGUACAAUGCGCGGUUCGCCAAUGCGGCUCUGAUGGCUCCGGUGGCCUUUCUCCAGCACCUGAGCAGUCCGCCACUGCGAUUGCUGGCCAGUGACAGUGCCGGGGUCACGCUGCUGCUGAACAAACUUGGCCUCCACGAACUGCUGCCGGCGACGUCGCUGACCCAGGUGGGCAGCCAGUUCUUCUGCACCGCCUCCCGACCCACCUACGCCCUGUGCACCCUCUUCACCUCCCUCUACGUGGGCUUCAGCGACUAUCCAUUGGAUCGUAACAUCUUGCCGCGCAUCCUGGAGAACACGCCGGCGGGAAUUUCGCGGGGCCAACUGCAGCACUUCGGACAGCUCAUCAAUAGCGGCAAAUUCCAGCAGUACGACUACCGCUCCCCGAGUCUGAAUGCUCUGCGAUAUGGUCAGGACACGCCCCCCUCGUAUCAGUUGGUUAAUGUUCGCCUCCAGCUGCAGAUCUUCCAUGGCAGCCGGGACGCGCUGUCCAGCCGGGCGGAUGUGCAGCGCCUGGUCAGUGAGCUGCGGAACAGCAUCAGUCAGUUGUACCAAGUGCCCGGCUAUAAUCACAUUGACUUCCUGUUCGCCACCUCAGCGACCCAAAUGGUCUACCAACGAAUAAUUCAACAGGCAUGGCAGUUGGAUGCGACGCUCCAAGGCAGCUGAUGAAUUAUGAAAAUAGGGUGCAAACUGGGGGUAUCCUGCGAUAGCAAUAAAUGAGUCCCAUCAAACGUGCGGACUGACAACGCUUGCCCUUUA